AUGUCUGGUUAUUCGGGUCCACCAUCGGUUAAUCCAUAUUGGUAUUAUGAUCCUCACGGAUAUCAACCUAAUGUUAGUGUUUCAUUCAAUACAAAUAUUUCAGUCAAUACAUCACCACAUUCAUCCUUUGAUAUGUAUAAUAACAAUAAUAAUAGUCGAUUUGUUGAUUCUGGUUAUCUAUCUCGAACACCUACGCCACCAACACCUGUACGUAUUCCUUCACCACAACCAGUAUCGAUGCGACACGAAUUAGAUACACAAGAGUCAGAUUUAAGAAUGUCGGAAAAACCAUUAGAUGACAAUAAACCACGUUUACCAUAUGUAAAGCGUACAAGAAUUCAAUAUACACUUCAACAAUUACACAUAUUAGAAACAGCUUUUCAAAAUAAUCAUUAUCCAGAAGUAACAAUUGUUGAUCACCUUGCUGAAGUUCUCGGUGUUCGACAUGAAAAAAUUUCAAUCUGGUUUCAAAAUCGACGUUCACGUUUCAAGAGACAACAGAAACCUAAAUCUACAUCAUCAUCAAAUGAUGUAACGAAAAAAAUAACAGUACUUCCAAUACCAUCACCAUCGUUUGAUCCAUCACCAUCUUAUGAUCCAUCAACUUCUUAUUAUCCAUCAUAUUUCUGGCCAUCUCCUAUAGUUGAUAAUCGAACAGCAGUAUCGUAUUCGACUAAUCCUCAUGUUCCAUCUUUUUAUGAUUCUAACACAAGUCCCCUGUGGAAUACGAAUAAUAAUGCGGGUUAUUUAAGCUCGACACAAUGGCAUCAAUCUUCGUGUUCAACAAUGAACUUAUCGUUAUCAUCUCCAUCAUCGCCUUGUAAUUCGUUACUGUCUGAACAUGUUCCGUCAAUGUAA